AUGGCUCCCUCUUCUUCCAAGGAGAAGCGUCUCGCUAAGAAGGCUGCCGAGGGCAAGCUCAAGGGCGGCAAGAAGGGCAAGAACGCAGAGCCUGAGCUCGAUGCUCACGGCAACCCCAUCGUCGACCAAGAUGCCCCCGCGACUUCAGGCGCCAAACUCGACGAGGUGAAGCGUCUCGCUGAGCAGAUGGACAAGCAUGGUAUCUCUGACCGUGUCACCACCGGUGUCCUCGCGUCUACCAAGACCAGCAAGGACGUCAAGAUGACCAGUUGCUCUCUGGUCUUCCACGGUCGAGUUCUUAUCACCGAUUCCACUCUCGAGCUUACCUACGGUAAACGAUACGGUCUCCUCGGUGAGAACGGUUGCGGAAAGUCCACUUUCCUCAAGGCCAUCGCCGCUCGCGAAUACCCUAUCCCCGAGCAUCUCGACCUCUACCUUCUUAACGAGGGUGCCCCUCCCAGUGACUUGGGUGCCCUUGAGUGGGUCGUCCGAGAGGCUGAGAACGAGCUGGCGCGUCUUGACGCUCAGGCUGAGAAGCUUCUUGAAGAUGAGGGCCCUGAGAGUCUUGUUCUCCUUGACCUUUACGAGCACAUGGACAAGCUUGAUCCUUCAACCUUCCAAACCCGUGCUUCGCUUAUCCUGACUGGUCUGGGUUUCAACAAGAAGACCAUCCACAAGAAGACCAAGGAUAUGUCCGGUGGUUGGCGUAUGCGAGUCGCCCUUGCCAAGGCCCUCUUCGUCAAGCCCUCUGUGCUGCUUCUCGAUGACCCCACUGCCCAUUUGGAUUUGGAGGCUUGUGUGUGGCUCGAGGAGUACCUCAAGAAGUGGGAGCGAACCCUUGUCCUCGUCUCCCACUCUAUGGAUUUCCUCAACGGUGUCUGCUCUACCAUGAUUGAUAUGCGCGGCAAGCAGCUUGUCUACUAUGGUGGUAACUACGACUCGUACUCCAAGACCCGAACUGAGAACGAGACCAAUCAGAUGAAGGCCUACCAGAAGCAGCAGGAUGAGAUUGUCCACAUCAAGAAGUUCAUUGCCAGUGCCGGUACAUACGCCAAUUUGGUGCGACAGGCUAAGUCGCGACAGAAGAUUCUCGACAAGAUGGAGGCCGAUGGUUUCAUUCAGCCCGUCGAGCAGGACCGUGUCUUCACUUUCCGUUUCGCCGAUGUCGACAAGCUCCCUCCUCCCGUCCUGUCUUUCGACAACGUUACUUUCUCCUACUCUGGCAAGCCCGAGGAUGAUCUAUACCGCAACCUGGACCUUGGUUUCGACAUGGACUCCCGAACUGCUCUCGUCGGACCUAACGGUGUGGGCAAGUCUACCCUGCUCCGUCUCAUGACCGGCAAGCUCUCGCCCACUGACGGUGUCGUUCAACGACACACUCACUUGAAGCUUGGCCUCUACUCUCAGCACAGUGCCGAGCAGCUCGACUUGACAAAGUCUGCUCUCGACUUCUGCCGUGACAAGUUCAGCGAGAAGUCUCAGGACUACCAGUACUGGCGCCAGCAGCUCGGCAAGUACGGUCUCAGCGGUGACUCCCAGACUGCCCUGAUGGGUACACUGUCUGAGGGUCAGAAGAGUCGUAUCGUCUUUGCCCUGCUUGCUAUCGAGAGCCCCAACAUGUUGCUUCUUGACGAGCCUACCAACGGUCUGGAUAUUCCUACCAUCGACAGUUUGGCGGACGCUAUCAACGCUUUCAGUGGAGGUGUUAUUGUCGUCUCCCACGACUUCCGAUUGCUCGACAAGAUUGCCAAGCAGAUUCUUGUUUGUGAGAACCAGACUAUCCGCGCAUGGGACGGCUCCAUCUCCGAGUACAAGAACUACCUCCGAAAGAAGAUGAUCAGCGCCGGUGCUGUCUAA